UCCAGCACAUAUGAUCCAUCCUCGUACAUCAACAGCUGCAUCAGCAACAACAAACAAACAAAUUCAUACAUCUGAUUUCACCCUCUUUCUCAUAUUCCUUUUGCAUUUUCUUUUUAUAAACUGAGGCCCACUUUCCUUUAAUACCUUGCCUUUUAAGCACUCUCUUCCUUUCUCAUAUUCCUUUCUCCUUCCUCCAAUCCCUCUCCCUCCGUCCCUCCCCCCUCCUCUCUCUCUCUACAUCUGCAACUCCAUCUCCAUUGCCAAGGAGCAUGCUUGAAUGUCCAGAGACAGUCUUCUUCAGGGAGAGGUUUGACGAGGUAGGCAAGAAGAUUAAGAGAGAAACCGAUGCCACCGAUCGAAUGGGAAGGCGGCACUUACUAGGCCCGCCUGGGACCUUAAACACCAUCACACCAUGCGCUGCUUGUAAGCUCUUGAGGCGGAGGUGUGCUCAAGAAUGCCCAUUCUCUCCUUAUUUCUCCCCCCAUGAGCCCCAGAAGUUUGCUUCUGUGCACAAGGUCUUUGGCGCAAGCAAUGUAUCCAAGAUGCUCAUGGAGGUGCCCGAAAGCCAAAGAGCCGAUGCCGCGAAUAGCCUUGUUUAUGAAGCGAACGUUAGGCUCAGGGACCCAGUGUAUGGGUGCAUGGGUGCAAUAUCGGCCUUGCAACAACAAGUGCAAUCCUUACAAGCGGAGCUUAAUGCAGUAAGAGCUGAAAUAUUAAAGUAUAAGUAUAGGGAGACUAGUGCUAAUAUCAUUCCAUCAUCUCAUGCGACUCUUUUCGCUUCUGGGGCAGUGUCAGUUGCAGCACCGUCGCCUGCCCUGACUGCCCCACCGCAGCCUCCUCCUCCUCCCACCACCUCUUCUUCUUCAAUGUACACGCCGCCUUCAAACACCACCGAUUAUAGUUCCAUUACUAAUGACAACGUGUCGUAUUUUGGCUAAUUCAUAGCUAAAAACACAUUUUUUUCCAUCUCAUCUUGAAUCAUGUGGAAAUAAAGUUGGAAAAAAAUAUUGGAUUAUUGGGUCUUUUCUUUUC